AUGUCUACAUUGAAUCCUCAGGGAUCAUCACGUGGAACAUCAAAUCAAUCUGAUGAACAAACCGAACCAAGUACAACAUUAAGUAUUUUUUCUCUUGAUUAUAAGAAAUAUGAAGAUUUGAAACAAAUGUUAGAUAGUAAUAAAGAUAAUUUAAAAUUAGAAGCUAUGCGUCGAAUUAUUGGUAUGAUUGCGAAAGGUAAAGAUGCUGCUGAUCUAUUUCCCGCUGUUGUUAAAAAUGUUGUUUCAAAAAAUAUGGAAGUUAAAAAAUUAGUUUAUGUAUAUUUAAUGCGUUAUGCUGAAGAACAACAAGAUCUUGCUUUACUUUCAAUUGCUACAUUUCAACGAGCAUUAAAAGAUCCCAAUCAAUUAAUUCGUGCAAGUGCAUUACGUGUAUUAUCUAGUAUUCGUGUUCCAACAAUUGUAACAAUUAUGAUGUUAGCUAUUCGUGAUGCUGUUAGCGAUAUGUCACCUUAUGUUCGAAAAACAGCUGCUAAUGCAAUAGCAAAACUUUAUGCUUUAGAUCCAGAAUUGAAAGAUGAAUUGAUUUUAAUUAUUGCUAAACUACUUGCUGAUAAAACGAUUUUAGUUAAUGGUAGUGCUGUACAAGCAUUUGAACAUGUAUGUCCAGAACGAAUUGAUUUAAUACAUAAGAAUUAUCGACGUUUAUGUAAUCUAUUGGUUGAUAUUGAUGAAUGGGGACAAGUUACAGUUUUAAAUAUGUUAACAAGAUAUGCACGAUCACAAUUUGUUGAUCCAGAUAAGACAUUUGAAGAUGAUAAGAAAAAUUUUUAUGAAAAUGAAACAGAACAAAAUGAUAAUGACGAUGAAGAUUCAUUAGAUAAAAAAACAUACGUAAUGGAUAGCGAUCAUCGAUUAUUGUUACGAUGUACUAAACCAUUAUUACAAAGUCGAAAUUCAGCUGUAUGUAUUAUUUGA